AUGGUGGAAUAUGACAGUAGGUGUGGUUCUUUUACGAACCCCGUGCUAGGUUGGGGUUCGCGAAUGUUGGCGAUGAUUGAUAAUGCUCUGACUUCGCGGUUUCCACUCGAGAUGCGUCCAUGAUUAAUGGCUAGGCUGCUUCCUGCCAUGUUUUCUGCAUUCGUAGGCAUGGCAAACAUUCGCAUUUAUUCCAGUUUGAAAUCCGCGUUUUGUCGUUUGUCACGCUCUGGGGAAUUAUUUGUUUUGGAGUUACUGGAAUCAUUCAGAGUCGAGCUGUUGGAUCUUGUACAGUAUAAUUGA